AUGAGGUCCUGUUUGCUUCUGCUCUUCUCGCUGCUUCUGGUGUCCCGCGGCUCUUCGGCAGUCAUCACUGGGGCCUGUGAGAAGGACACGCAGUGUGGAGGAGGGAUGUGUUGUGCGGUGAGUCUGUGGAUCCGCAGCCUGCACAUGUGCACUCCGAUGGGACAGGAAGGCGACGACUGUCACCCGCUGAGCCAUAAAAUCCCCUUCUUUGGGAAACGACUCCAUCACACCUGCCCGUGUCUGCCCAACCUGGAGUGCAUCACCGUGGAGGAGGGACGAUCCAAGUGCGUGUCACCACAGCAGUACCCAGACUAUUUCCUUUGA